AAGGCAUUCUUGCACACCACUUGGUCGAACUAUCAAUCCCCCCCUCCCUACACUCAUUGGUGUAGCUCUCCAUUCGAUCCUCUCGUUUUCGCUCAGAUUUCUCUAUCUUGAACAUUUACCUGACCAUGGCCACGACAUUCAUCCUUGUUCCAGGAUCAUGGCAUACGACAACGCACAUGGCACCGCUCGUCAAGGCGCUGGGCCAGCACAACUACCCUGCGAGAACCGUCCAACUCGCAACGGUCGGCCUUAAAUCCCCCAGACCAGCCUUCGCGGAUAAUGUGGAGGUCAUCUUUCAAGCCGUGCGCCAAGAACUACAAUCCGGCAACGACGUCUGUCUAGUCGCGCAUAGCUACGGCGGUAUCGGCACUGCCGAAGCCUUGAAUCGCCUCGUAACGGACCCGGAGGUGGCCGCGAGCAAAGGGAAAUUGAUCAGGACGGUUUUCAUUGCCGCCUUCCGCCUCCCACCACAUGUACCAAUCGAUGUGAGGUCUCAAGCUCUUGUGGACAUGACUCCUGGGUUUAGUGUAGAUGACGAUGGCAUGUUAUACAUCGCAAACGCAGGGCAAGUCUUUUUCAACGAUCUCCCGCCAGACGCGGCUCAGCAUUGGGUCGAUGCUCUAGAGCCGGUGUAUGACCCGGGGAUAGAGGGAGUCAUAACUUCCGAGAGUUGGCUGAAAACGCCUGUCUCCGCGUUGCUAUGCAAACAGGAUCAGUCGAUUCCCCCGGCCGUGCAGGAAGCUUGGUGGCAAGAUGUACCCCACGAAUGGAUCGAUGCGGCUCAUACGCCAUAUGUCAGUCAGCCAGACCGGGUUGCAGAGAUUUUGAUACGAGCGGCGGCAAUGUAGAGCAUGCUGAUCUUGUCUGCACGAGUAUUAGAAGGCAAAU